ACAUGGUAACCAGAGCCAUCCUCGAGCACAUCCAUGGCAUCUUCAAGUUUCUUCCCAUCCUCGCCAUUCGCACAUGCCGCCACCGAGAAGCUCACGAAGGGCAACCAGGCUCUAUGGCGGGCGAUGGUGCUCUCGGCCAUCCGAGGAGCGUAGAUGGCCAAGUACCUCGACGUCGAGCAAUCGCCACCGCCCAUGCAGAUCGAUGUGGCCUCGCCUGAUGGCAAGAUGACGGCGAAAGCGCCGAACCCUGACUUCCAAACCUGGUAUGCUCAAGACCAACAAAUCUUCUCCUAUCUCCUGACGACACUUCCGCGUGAGAUAGCUAUCCAGGUUGCUUCAUGCCACACCUCUGUUGAGCUCUGAAACAUGGUGGAAGGAAUGCUUGCAUCUCACACCCGUUCCUAGACCACCAACGUUCGCAUCGCCCUCGCCAAUCUGCAGAAGGGCAACUCCUCCAUCACCGACUAUGUCGGGAAGAUCAAGUCUCUCUGCGACAAACUGAUCGCCGCAGGGAAGAGGGUGGACGACGACGACAUCAUCUCCCACAUCCUGGCCGGGCAAGAUGAAGAUUUCGACCCGGUGGUGUCUGCCAUGUGUUCCCGGGUGGAGCCGGUGACUGUGGCCGAGCUGUUCUCACAGCUGCUGAGCUUUGAAACAAGGCUCAAUCUUCGGGGCGGAGGGUCCCAAUCAUCUGCCAAUGCUGCUACCCAAGGACGUAUAAAUGGCGCUGGUGGUGGUGAUCAUGGUCGCCGCCAAGGUGGCAAUGGUGGUGACCGAGGUGGGCGCGGCGGCGGCUACUCCAAAUCUGGAGGGCGUGGCAGUGGACACGGCAACAACAGCAGCGGGGGCAACUACAACAACAACCAUGCCCCCAGGGUCCAGUGCCAGAUCUGUGGCAAGAUGGGCCACCCAGCCUGGAAGUGCUGGAAGCGCUAUGAUGAGUCCUAUCAAGGCGUGAAGGAGAAGUCGGCCAACCUUGCUGCACCGCAGUACGGGGUGGACACAAACUGGUACCUAGACAGUGGUGCCACUGACCACAUCACAGGAGAUUUGGAGAAGCUGACCAUGCGGGAUCGCUACACUGGAAACGAACAGAUUCAUACUGCCAGUGGACCAGGAAUGGGGAACGAAGAAGGUGCUCCUUCGAGGCAGGGGUAGAAGAGGACUCUACCCGUUUAGGCACACGGGAUCCGACGCCAAGAAGCACAUGCUCAGUGUCACCAAGCUAUCCUCGGAUAGGUGGCACCGGCGUUUAGGCCAUCCGUCUCCUCUUAUUGUUAGCAAAGUCAUUAGCAAGAAUAAUCUCCCGUGUGCAAAUUCAUUCAAUAAAGAUUCUGUAUGUGACGCCUGCCAAAAAGGCAAAAGUCACCAGUUGCCUUAUCCCAAGUCAAUAAGUGAAUCAAAAUUUCCUUUAGAACUUGUGUUCUCUGAUGUUUGG